AUGGUGGAGGCAGUGAGGAGAUACUCAUCGCUGGAAUACCGCAAGCUCGGGCGGUGGACGCCGGCCCUGGCCCGAGUGAGAGGGCGAGACGGCAACUCCGGGACCGCGGCGGGCGUAGGUGGUGAUGAUGAGCCGACCGCGUCCGAAGCCGAGGCCGAGGUGGGGUCCGAGGGGGCGGCCCCUCCUGAGGGGGAGGGCGUGCCCGAGGUGGAGCCCGAGGGGGACUCCGUGCCCGAGGCGGCCGGCGAAGGGGCCGACGACGGAGAAGCGACCAGCGAUGGGGCGGCGCCCGAGGCGGCCGAUGGCGAGGCAGCUGAUGAAGAUGCCGGCGACGAGGCGGCCGGCGAGGUGGGCGACGUCGAAGCGCCGGAUGGAGUCGGCGAGGGCGUCGUGGGGGCGCGAGGACCGCCGAAGCCCGGAGGCGGUCCAAGAACCGAGCGGGGUCGUCCACUAGACGGGGUCGCCGGCGGCGACGGGAGGUACCUACUAAAACGGAAACACCUUCUCAUCAAAGUAAAUGUGUCGGGAGGUGAAUACACGAUGUGA